AUGAAACUCAAACUACGAGACAUUGGCGAAGUACGCGCCUCGGCCUCAGCCUCCCACCUCCACGACAACAACUCCAACAGCAAGCCGAUCAAGAGUAACGGCGUCGCCGCCGCGGGUGCAGGUCGCGAUUCGCAACAGAACGUAGCCCCUGACGACACCGGUGCGGCCGACCCCGAUCAGGGAGAUCAGUGGGCCAAGAUCCGACAAGGUCAGUGGGAGAGACCACGCACCAUCCUCGGGUGCGAGAAUCCACUCGCUGACACCGUGAUACACCCCCUUCACCGUCGAGCAGCCCUACGGGCUGACCCCAGCUCGAACGGCGACACGACCCAGCUCUCCGCGCAGUUGCUGCCGCUCCUCGACGCGAACAACAUCAUCGCCUGCCCCGACUGUGCCAAGCCCAUACUUCAAGGCGCACUCGAACACCACAAGGGUACGUUGCUGCUCGCCCAUCGUCGUCCCAAUGCAGAGCCACGGGGUCGCAUCAACGCGUCACGUGUCACGCGACCCAUUCGAGGUCGUCCGUGGCGGUUGACCCGACGCACUACCUCCUCUUCCACGGUGCCGCCCUUCCGAGACUGACCUGUGACUUCACACCAACAUCUUCCCCGCAGUCAACUGUGCCGAGAUCCGACGUCGCGAAACCAUGAAACGAGCCGCCGAAGGUCAGUCUACACGUGACUUGGAGCAGUCCUUCUCCCCCACUUGACUCCUGAGAUCUCCCCUUUCUCCCAAGAAACUAACCUGGGGAUACUUUUUUGCCUUGGUCACAGAUGCACCUACCCCCUCGUCGUCAUCAUCUGCGAAGAAGCCCAAGGCAGGCGGGCUCGUCAUCGUGCUAGGUGGUGGAUCCGCCGGUGGUGUCGGCCCUUCGGGCUCGACGACCCCCGAGGAUCCGAAAUCGGCAGCACCCAACCCGAAGAAGAAGACGUCCUUUGUGCUCAAGGGUAACGAGGCAAGAUCGCCUUCGGCGGGGCCAAGCAGCAACAACAGCGGAGCAAGUACCGCCGCCGCCGCUGCCGCCGCCGCGAAGGCCAAAGCCUCUCGUGCAGGUUAGUACGGGUCCGCAUCCUGAUCAACAAGCUCCCAAGAUGCUGAUCAAACAAUCGUACACACCCUCACAGGCGGACCCGUGGACGUCGAUAGGCAAUGCGGUGUCAUCAACGACAAGGGCCUGCAGUGCCUGCGCUCACUCACGUGCAAGACCCACUCGAUGGGCGCCAAGCGUUCGGUGCCGCAUCGAUCACAACCCUACGAUGUCCUUCUCCACGAGUGGCAAAGAGCGAACAAGCCCAACUUUAAAAACGAUAAAUCGGUACAAGCGCGCGUCGGGCCAGGUGCAGAGGGCAGCGUCGAGGCAGCAACAGGGACAAGCGCAACAGGGGAACCCGAGGUCGUUGCGGUCGCCGUCGCCAACCCCAAAAAGAAGAAGAAGAAGGGAUCGGGAGAAGGCAAGGAGAAGAAGAAUCGCGAAGGAUCGUCCAAAAAGGGUGCGGUGCAGAUGGUCGGCGAGUACCUCGACGAGUCGGAAGGGGAGCAAAUUGCUGCGGCGAUGGGGACUAACCACGACGAAGCUGUCAUGAUUGAUUCGGACGAAGAGGUCGAAGGCGUGUUCAAAGCUUUAGGGAGAGUUUCACGAGGGAGAUCUUUGACGAUGGUCAGUGGUGGUGGGGCCGGCUUCUCGGCGGCGAGCAUGUUCGUCGGUCGCAAUUCGAAGCUGGCCAAGCUAGGCGAUGUUCUGGGCUCUGUGUUCUCGUUCACCCCUCCCAGUUGA